AUACAUAAGAUAACAUAACAAACUUCACUUGUUUGAUUAACGAAUCUAUUCCUCCAUUAAAAAACUCCAUAUAUUCCUCCAUAAAUCUCUGUUUUCUUUCCUUCAAUUUCUUACCCACAUAAAAAUUCUUUGAAUUUGAACAAUCAAAUACAAAAAAUGGCAUUGGUAUUGGUUGUAUCUCUACCGUUGAUAUUGUUUAGCAUAUUAUUGGGAAUUGGGUGUUACUUCCUUGGUAGGAAAAGAGGAAGAGAGGAAGCUCGUUCCCAGGUUCUUGGAGCUCCAGUACCGCCUCCGGGAUCAUUCCCUACCUCUCCUGCUCCUCCUCCUCCUUUCUACAAACCAGCUGAUACUCAUGUUUGAAUUAUAAACACUUUUUUCUUCUUUUGUGGGCCAAACCUUGUUUUAGGCGAGAUUCAUUGGGCUUAUAAUGAUUUCUUUCUUUUAUGGGCUUUUGUUUGAGGGUGGUUUGUGUUGAUUUUUUUAUGUUUUUGUGAAAAAACUUGAAUUUUUCUUGUAAUUACAUAUUUGUAUGUCGUUGUGUAAUUCUUCUUUGUGUUGUUGAUUAUGUGAAGUUACUCUAUGAAAUAUAUCAUUGAGAUGAUCGAAUGAUAUAAGAGUUUGUUGAGAGUAUAUAAUAUUUUAGGGCUGUUGGAGUAUAUAACAUAUCUGCUUGACUAUUUGGUUGAGGCUUCAACAUAUGUAUAUACUCUAAUAUUCCCUUCAUUCAAACACACACAAUGUUAAAUUAUAGUGUUUAUAAUCUUACACC